CUUUCUUUUGCGGGGCUUAUUUUUUUAUUUGCGGUUUUAGAGGACAAAGACCUAUCACCAUGUCGGAAACGGCUCCUGCUGCACCCGCCGUCCCGGCACCGGUGGAGAAAUCUCCGGCCAAGAAGAAGGCCAAGAAGCCUGCGGGCGGAGCGCGGCGCAAGGCCGCGGGUCCUUCGGUGUCGGAGCUGAUCACCAAGGCGGUGUCCGUGUCCAAGGAGCGCAACGGAGUGUCCCUGGCCGCUCUGAAGAAGGCGCUGGCCGCCGCCGGCUACGACGUGGAGAAGAACAACAGCCGCAUCAAGCUGGGGCUCAAGAGCCUGGUCGCCAAAGGCACCUUGGUGCAGACCAAAGGCACCGGCGCCUCGGGCUCUUUCAAGAUCAACAAGAAGGCGGCCGGCUCCGAGGGCAAGGCCAAGCCCAAAGCCAAGAAACCGGCGGCCGCGGCUAAGCCCAAGAAACCCGCCAGCGCUGCCAAGAAGCCCAAGAAGCCUGCGGUUUCCGGGGCCAGAAAGAGCGUGAAAAAGACUCCGAAGAAAGCCAAGAAGCCGGCGGCGGUGGCAGCCAAGAAAGCGGCCAAGAGUCCGAAAAAGACCAAAGCUGUCAAGCCCAAAAAAGCGGCUAAAAGCCCCGCCAAACCUAAAGUGGUAAAGCCUAAAGCAGCCAAGCCAAAGGUUGCGAAACCAAAAACCACCAAGUCCAAGAAGGCGGCUGCGUCCAAGAAGAAGUAAGGUGCUGUACUGCGAACUCUAGGACCACAAAGGCUCUUUUCAGAGCCACCCACAAAUUUCAGAAAAAGAGCUAAAAACAUUUUGUGGGGGGGUGGGGGUUCAUUCCAUCAGUUUUUGAGCGCUUCUUUUCUGCAGACCAAUUAGUAUAGUCCAACAGUCAUUCUCUAACUUCAGCGAGUCUAGAAAGGAAGACAUUAACACAAAUACACAUUUACUUACACAUCCAACUUAGACGCCCCGCCAACAUUGAAUGCUAGCUCCGUCGCUGCUGUUGUAUGCCCUGGGGCCUUCUAUGUGCCUGCUACAUCAUCCUCGAAGUGGGAGCUCAUGUGGGGCAGGAACCUCAUUAGAACCCUCGGAUCUCUCUGUUUAACGUUUAAUAAAACUGGGCCUUUCGCCAACUUGGCUCAUUUUCUCCACCC